CAAUUAUGUAAGACCUUCUAUUUGAUUCUCGUGGAAGCGAGUACGUAAGACCGAACAAGUUUGUGUCUUGUUUAAGUGAGUGGAAUUCCUUCGAGAGAGCUUAUUUUUUCUAUCUUGACCAUAAGCAGAGGGGUCGCGACCUCUCUGUCUCCUACAGGCAAACAGAAUUCAAUAUCUUGAAAUUAUUCAAACAGCCGCAUCAGUUAAGUUCUUCAGUAUUAGGCUCCAUUUCAAUGCAACUCAAGCAAGUACAUUCCAGGUCAAGCUGCAGAGCUCAAAUCCUAGUAACAAGUAAUUCUGCAAGUGGGAUCCACCUUAUCGCGAUCAGAGUUACGUCUAAGCCCUGAAUAAAGUUCCAAGAAUGAAAAAAAGUUGCUGCAUUAAGUUCCUACAUUUAUCAACAGUAAUCCAUGUCUACGAGAGAAAACGCAGGUGGCAGUUCAGUGAAAAAAUCAAAAGUAAAACGACCUAAUAGUUACAAUGUCGAUGCUACCGAUCUGAAAGAGAAUAAGACUCUGCAGAGCUCAGAUAAUCAUAAAGAAUCUCCG